UGCCUGUGUCUUAAUCAUUUACGACGACACCAUUGUGCAUGUCGAAGGCUCUUAUCCCCAUCGCAUUACGUUACCUGCGGUAUCUGCCCAUCUCCAUGACUGCAACCUUCACUUUUAAGUUGAACCAGAUGUACCGCUCACUUUCACACAAAAACUGCACGAAUAUUGCAGAUAAUCGUCCAUUGUAAAGUAUCAAGUGUUGCUUUAAAGAAACAGGUCAUCCCAAGACUAAGGCCUUAUCACAAUUACCCCUGCACCGGCAAAGUCAUCAUAGUGGGAGUCUGCGUGAUCUGAAAUUUAAAACACAUUGUAUGACAUUUCUCCAAUUGGACAAUUUUGUGUAGGAUUCGAACUUUAAUGCUCAAAUACACAUUAAUGUCCAAGUUGCUGGGUUUGCCAGUGACCUGUGUGGGUCAAUAACGCACAAAGUAGGCCUACAGUGCAUUUAUAAACUGUAUUUGUAAAAUGGACAAGGCACGACAUUUAGGUGUCUACUCAUACUAUUCUUUUUAUCCACACUCUCCCAGAAUGUAAAAAAAGUUUCUUUUGAGACAGGGAUAGAACGCCAGAUUCCAAAACAAACCUGAAACAUAUGCAGGUUGUCACAAUCACUUUGUGUCACUCUAAAAUUUUGUUCUGCGGGGGUGAAUGUGUCCAAGCCUUGAAUGUGGACAAACGACUGGGUUGGUCUGAUCUUAUACAACACAGCUGCAAAAACUGAAGCUUUGCACCUCACUUCACUAUGAAUAAAGUUACAACACGAGACGACAAUUGUAUUGCAAUUUAUUAUGACGCAGUGAAAAAAAUCUGUUUUUGCAGAUACAGAAAAGCUGUAAAAUAAACAAGAUGUUUGUCAUUGCAAUUUAGAUUUAGGUGUGUAGUUUGCAAGACAGCUUAAACAGGAAAUAAAUUGGUUGCAAUACAAUUCCUCCAUGAUGUCCAAGAGUGUGCCAUAUUUUUCAUUAAUGGGAUAAACUCCCCUCUCUUGGAUUACAGAUGGGUCUAAAAAACCCAUGGCACUGGGCAUUCUCAUCCCCCUCUCUCUCUCUCUCUCUCUCUCUCUCUGUCUCUCUCUCUGUCUCUCUCUCUCUCUCUAUCCCACAAUCAUUCCCAGGCAAAAUCACCAAUGCCCAGCUCAUACUGAAUAUCUCACCUGUCACAGCCCUCAGUAUUGCAUUGCAGUGCUUAAAACGGCUGCAUGCAAUUCUGGGUAAAAAGCAAAGUAUGCAAAUGUCUGUAAAAGCAUCUCCUUUUUUCUUUUGUGUUCCUGUCCUGUCUACCUUUUCCAGGCUAUGCUUGGAAAUGUCAGUGCGGAAGCAUCUCGUAAGAAACAGGUUGAAGACGUACAGCACCGUCAUCGGCUUAUCCCAGUGGGUCGCAAAAUUUACGAGUUUUACAACGCUCCUAUUGUCAAGUUCUGGUUUCACACGUUGGCCUAUGUAGGAUACUUGAUGCUCUUCAAUUUUAUUGUGCUGGUGAAGAUGGACCUCUGGCCUUCUUCCCAGGAAUGGAUUGUUAUUGCCUACAUCUUCACCAAUGGAAUCGAGAAGAUGAGAGAGAUUCUCAUGUCCGAGCCAGGCAAGCUCCUACAGAAGGUGAAAGUGUGGUUACAGGAAUACUGGAACAUCACUGACCUCAUGGCCAUUCUCAUCUUCUCCAUCGGGAUGGUUCUCCGUCUGCAGGACCCACCGCUGAUGAGCUACGGGAGGGUCAUCUACUGUGUCAAUAUCAUUUAUUGGUACAUACGACUGCUUGACAUCUUUGGAGUGAACAAAUACCUGGGCCCAUACGUCAUGAUGAUUGGCAAGAUGAUGAUUGACAUGAUGUAUUUUGUGAUCAUCAUGUUGGUGGUGCUGAUGAGUUUCGGGGUGGCACGGCAAGCCAUCCUAAAUCCCAAUGAAGACCCGUCCUGGAUGCUGGCACGCAACAUCUUCUUCAUGCCCUAUUGGAUGAUUUAUGGAGAGGUGUUCGCUGACCAAAUUGACCAUGUGAAUAGUAGGAAGCUACAGCACAAAGUGAAUGACAGGCUGGUCGAAAAUUACAUUCGCACUCAAGGAACUGGGCGUAACAGUGGUCCAUCCCAUAUAGCUCCCUGUGGUCAGAACAUCACCACAGAAGAUGGAGUCAUUAUGUCUCUCCCACCUUGCAAGACUGGAGCUUGGAUUGUCCCAGCAAUAAUGGCCUGCUACCUGCUGGUGGCCAACAUCCUGUUGGUUAAUUUGCUAAUUGCUGUCUUCAACAACACGUUCUUCGAAGUGAAGUCCAUCUCCAACCAGGUAUGGAAGUUCCAGAGGUACCAGCUGAUCAUGACCUUCCAUGAACGUCCUGUACUUCCUCCUCCACUCAUCAUCUUCAGCCACAUUACUAUGGUCCUCAAACAUCUCUGCUGUCGCUGGAGGAAGCACGAUGAGGAUGAGAGGGACUUUGGGCUGAAGCUCUUCAUCACUGAAGAUGAGCUGAAAAAGGUGCAUGACUUUGAGGAGCAGUGCGUGGAGGAAUAUUUCAGGGAGAAAGAUGACCGCUUCAAUUCCUCCAAUGACGAGAGAAUACGUGUGACAUCUGAAAGGGUGGAGAACAUGGCAAUGCGACUGGAGGAAGUGAAUGAGCGGGAACAUUUCAUGAAAGCAUCCCUGCAGACUGUGGACAUCAGGCUUGCCCAGAUGGAGGAGAUGAUUGGUCGGAUCGCUGUAGCACUGGAGCGGGUGACUGGGAUUGAUCGAGGUGAAGUCAACAAAGCACGCUCAAGGACAUCAUCUGACUGCACAGAUACAAACUACAUUCUCCGCCAAAGCAGUUUCAACAGCCAAGAAGGUAACUCUUAUAGGCUUCAGGAGUCUCUGGAGCAAGGUGGGGAAGAGUCGAUUUCCCCUACGUCGCCAACCGCCUUGGCCCCACGCGUCCGCAGUCACUCCUUCUAUGUAAGCAACUCCUCCAAGGACAGGUGUGGGGCAGAUCGGGCGGAAGGUUUCAUUAAAGAUAGAUUGUUCAGCCUCCAUCGGGCCAACAGUUCACAGUCUGUAUCCUCUGGAGCAGGGCCCAAAGAGUCCAAGCCCACGCCUUUGAAUACUUUAUCAGUGCAGCAACAACUCCGCCCCUCAUCAUGCAUAGACAUCUAUGUGUCCGCCUCAGAGGAUGUUCCACCCACCGAAAGCUUCCUGGAGCCCGUCAGAGCUGUUCCAACACUUGCUCAAGAUUCCUCCCUUCAUUCGGAGAUCAUGGAUGCUGUGCUCUCAGGGGGUCGGGACUGCGGUGGAAGGGCAGGGGGAAGUGAAAGACAGUCGGAUGGUACAGUCCUGUUUGAGGAUAGUGCCACGGCUGACCUAUCACUCUGCUCUGCCCACCUUCUGCGAGAUACCCUUCCCCCAUGGGACCUGGACCCCUCGCCGCCACCGUCAGCCGGUGUUCUUGAGCGCUCCAAGAGCAGCCGCUUCCUGUCUGCAGAGGGACCUCUGUUCAUGGACGAGUCCCUUUUGGUUAAGUCACACAGCCUGAUGUUCACACAACGGGGCUACUACGGGGGCAUGGGUGUGCAAGUUAAGGCAGCGGAAUAUACCAGCAUUACAGAUUGCAUUGACACUCGUUGUGUCUCUACCCAGUACCCUGUCCCAGAGCGAUCCGACUCACCUGGAGGCUCCUUCACGUUCGAUAAGCCCCAGGACCUGGGUGUGUCGCACCCUGAGCGUGAUGCUGAGCUCAGUCACGCAGAGUCUGAUGCCGAGGAGCCUGCAGAGGGGUCAGCAGACACAGGUAAGGGGGGGCAGAGUAGCACUAGUGGGGGAAUAGGUGCAGACCUAGGACUAGGCUUGGGACGGGGUCCGUUCUGCUCACCAAUCUCUAGACUAGAGCGAGCGAACAGCUGCUCCUCCUCAGAGGACUCCCACUCCAACAUCUACUCCCGAAAGAGUUUUUCCAUAAGUGAGAAAAUGGACAAGGGUCGUGGAAGCUCAAGGAAUCCUUUCCAGAAGGCCAGGGCUGGGGCAAGGCUGGAGGGUAAGACAGACUCGUUGUCCAUGAGGAAACUUGCCAAACCCUCUGCGUUCCGAAGUUUUGAUAGUAGACAUAAUUACACGUGAUGAUGGCAGACAAGUAGAAAUGGGAUUGUAGAUCUAGUUUCUGUAGGAUGGCUCUACCUCGUUAAAAAUCCAAGGGUCGAUCCAAUAAUUAGUACUGUCUGAGUGGGUAAUUAGCUGUACACUGGAAUGUCUUAUCAAUCAACUUCCUGUUUAUUUCCUAGUUUAACAUUGCAAUGCAAAUUCACACAUGUUUAGAGAUUUAACAGACACUGCUAGGCCAACAUUAGUUUCCAGUUCGUUCUUACUUCUCCAGCUUUCACACCACAACAUGAUUUUUACUUAAUCACAUUUAUCUCAUACAGGCAUGGUAGGAGCAAGGAGAAAAUGAACUGAAACUUGAAAGUUCAUGAGUGCAACAGUUUCUAUACAAUGUAAUGCUAAAAUUUAUUGUGUAUACAUAAAGACCUUUAAAACUGAUGUUCUGUCAUUUUAAACACACAAAUUUGUUAAACAUACACAUAUAUUGCCCAGAAUGUUGAAAGUAUAUAGAGUGUUUAGAAGAACGGAUAAACUUCAUUGAAAUUUUGAAAUACUUUGGGCUGUUAGAUCCUUGUAGGGUGUUUUUGCGUACAGUCGUGGCCAAAAGUAUUGGCAGUGACAUAAAUUUGGAAAGUUCGCUGCUUCUGUAUUUGUAGAUUAUUUUGCCACAUAUUUCUACUGGAUAUAUCUCAAAUUAGCAUAUCUUAAGUGUGAAGGCGUUUAUUGGUAAAAACAUAAUAUAUGCAAAGAGUCAAUGUUUACAGUGUUGGGCCUUGUUUUGCAUAACCUCUGCAAUUCACUCUAGCAUGCUGGAUAUUAGUUUCGGCCAAAUCCUGAUGGAUGGCGAACGUUUCUUGCCUUAUUAGUGCUCUGAGUUGUUCACAAUAUGUGAGCUUCUGCUUAUCUACUUGCUUUUUGAGGAUUGACCACAGGUUCUUCAUAUGGGAUUAACAUCUGGGGAGUUGCAUUUUUUUGCAAUUAUUUAAAAUACGUCUGAUCACUCUGCAUAAUAAUCUAUAAAGAAUUUGAAUGAGCACCACCGCAGUUUAAGUAGAAACUUUGCAAAACACUGCAUUUAUAUCACUGCCAAUUUUAGCCACGACUUUACACAGCUCCUAUCAAAUAGUGUCACAUUCAUACUGUGUCAGUAAACACAUUCUAUCAUUCUAUUUAAUACAACACAUUUUUAAGGCAUAAGUGUUCAUGUUUUGUCUUUUGUUGUCUGCAUUUUCUCUCAUUCUUCUCAAGAGAGCACCAAUUUCAGCUCAUUUCAACCAUCAGUCAAACCAUUAUAUUCAAGGCAUGUUGGAAUGGAAUACUAGCACACUACAUACUGCACAGUACAUUCUGUAUACUGAAUACUAUUUAAAAAAUAGUAUAUGAAAAAGUACACACUUGUUUGACACAUUUCAAACAAUAGCAUGCUGUUGUCUCAUGACCUGACUAUGUUUAAUUGACCUGUUGCAUGUUUAAUUCUGGUGUAGUUAUACACCAGAGGUGUAAUUAUUUUGCAUUGUUAAUCUAAUUUUGUGUAAAAAAAGUCAACUUUUGUCAGUCUGAUCAGAUAAUGAGUGAACAAGGGGACGUUAAAGUUUUUAAUGCAUAUUAAAUGAAAGGUCCAGCCCUGUGGCAAAGGUUAUAUACCGCACAUUUUGACAAAUAUAGUAAUUUGUAUGUUACACAGUAUAUAAUCUGAAUACUGGAAAAACAGUAUUAGUAUGGUAGUAUGCCAUUCCAAACACAACUUUCAGACUCACACACGAACUGCAAGUGGUAAACUGAAGAGAGAACUUAAUUUAAAGCAAAGGGAAAAACAUUUUAUUUGUGUAUCUUUUCACAGAACAGGUACUAUAUGUUGACUUGCUAUGCAAGACACCACAGAGAGUCGACCGGUAAAAAGUGUUAUGCACUUUAGAGCAGUAGUUUAUUAUGCACAACAAUCUGAUCACAAAUCAACCAUGAUGUUUCCGUUUUGGGACAGGUAAAAUAUUGCAAACAAAUGAGCACAGUUCAUAUAGGGCCCAAUAAACACCCAUUGUAUAAGAUGCCUAUGAUAUAAAAGUGUAAUCACAUUUUCUGUUAUUUUUUAUUUUUGUUAAAUGCCUUUGAAAUUUUCUUUUCCACAUUCGGUUAAUUAAUGUAUAUGUUACAUACAGUGUAUACUGUAGUAUUUCAACUGUUGUUUAUGAUAAAAAUAUUAUAUUGACUUGAUUUAUUAUGGUGGGCAUUCAGGAUAAUCAAGAGAUCUGGCCCUUUUAGAGAUAAAUUUAAAGACAUCUAUAAUUAAUUUUAAUGCAUCAUAUCACAGACUAUUUCCUCUCCAUUAAUGUGCAGCCCUCAUUAAUGUAUGACAUUUUAAAGCAAUACAGUAAUGUGCACAAAUCUAUUAUAAUCAGUCCACACAAAACUUUGAAGCAUAUAUGAAAGGAUUCUUUUAUUUGCCUUACUCAUGUGCAAUACUGCUGUGAGAUUUGAAUAUAUUUGUUGCACUGUCACAAUGUUCCGAAUGGUAUGUAGACUCUGUGUUAGCUUGAGUGUGAACCAAAAAAAGUAUUAAAAUAACUAUUUUCUUGUGCAUAGCAGUAAUUCCAAUCCCUGUGGUUUUCAAUUGUCUGAUGAUCAAUAUUCGCACAGGAUUUGUUGUUAAUCCAAUUUGCUUCAUGUUAUGCCAAACAUUAUUUAUUUGGGCCUUCUCACUUACAAUUCUACCCGGUGGUAUGAUACUGCAAAGCGCCUUAAAAUGGAGGUAAAAAGUGAACAGGACAGGCCCUUAAACCCAUACGUAUGCUGUUAUAUUUUGAACGAUGUGAUUAUUCUUGUUGGACUGGUUCCAGCAAAAGCAGACAGAAAAUGUGAUUGCUCUUGGGAAUUAUUAAAUGCAAGUUUAUCUCACUAUCCAGUUUCACUUUCUUGUCAAAGAGUUUUUGUUGGGGUAGUGAGAGUAUUUAUGAAACCUGUUUUUCCACAUGUAAAUGAUCUGUAUAUGAUCUGUAAAUCUCUCUGUGGCUGUAAAAAUGAGUUUAAUAUAAUAGGAUUUUAAGAGAAACUUUCUGUCUGAUAGAUGACAUUACACUAUAACAACCCAGUGUGCCAAAUGAUAUGACUUAUAACUUUAUGUACAGUAUUUUCUUAAUAUUUUCCUAUACUGUAGCAUAAAAAGUUGUGAAUUGUAUAACACUUUUAGUCAGGUUUUCCCCUCCUCUUCUUUUUAAACUUAUUGGUGAGCACUUGUCUGCUGAAUUCCAAGCACAUGUUUCUGCAAUAAUGCUGUAGCUUGAACUGAAAAGUCUCAGUUAAUUUAGUUUCUUUAAAUGCAUGUUGUUCUUCCAAAGGAUAUGAGCUUGAAGGAAUUAUGAGAGAUCAGUGAGUGGGGAUGAGAGGGGUCUUUUGUCCUCUUACAGAAGAAGGUUGCGUUUUUGGAUGCAAAUACAAAUGUGUAUACUGUAUUCCUGUGAAUAGGAUGUUUGGCAUGUAUAAUCAAAUAAAAAAGACUGCAUAUAUACAUCAUUGUACACUAUACAUCUCAUCUGUGUAUUAUGACAUUUCCAGAUGGAGAGUAAAUGUUGAUUCAUUGCAAUGUUUACAAGACCUAAUGCACCUUUCCAGAUAGCUCAUAUGAGUGCCAUCCCUGCAGGAAAACAUUAUAAACCAUCACUGAAUGUAAUGGUUAUAAUGGAAAUUGUAUUGAUUUAAAUGGAAACUGUAAUGGUCUAUGUGGGUCUCUACUGGUUAUUUUCGUGGUGGAUGGGAACCAAGACAACACCAUUAAAUCUGAAUAAGGCCCAAAACUCACUUCAUUGAGGACAGUUGAACUGGUUUAAUGAUAAACUGCUGAUGGCAUUCGUAAUGCAAACCAUUUUUUUCACACCGGAAGGCAGUUUUCCUGACAGAAUACCAAAGUAACCGAUUCCUGAGAGCGGAAAUGGUAUGUGUGCUGUUUCUGCUUAAGCACAGCAGUGACGCAGUACAAAACUGCGCUGCCUGCACUUUCGUUGUCACGCCAUCGGGAGGCGUUCAAGUUCACUUCUAGUUCACGACAAGGUACAUUCUGUUCCUCAAAAACAGACACGUGUGUCUGAAGGUGGUUCGAGUGAAAUAACAACAACGUGACUGAAUAUGUAUUGAACUGUUGUUACAUCAGAUGAUGAUUUGUUGGGCAUGUGUACACUUGUUUCGUGUGUGGUCACUCAGAAGAGAAAUCUAGAAACGACGUCUAAUCUAACCCCGUGAAUUCGUUUGCAAUGAUGAAAUCCCUUUUACUGAAAACACAUAUAAAGAAAAGUAUAUAAUGUAACACGCGUAUAUGUAGCCUAUAUAACGUUUGUUAACAAGCAUUAUAAAGAAAGUAAAAGCACACGUCUUAAUGUAUUUCGCCUUCUAUUACAAGCUUACUAUUUAGGAAUGCUCCAUUUAUUAAAACUCGUGUAAUCUUGUUAGGAACAACCUAGUAUAUUCUGCCGUGCAUGCCUGUGAGCAAGCUCUUGAAAUAUUAUAAGGGUCUUAAGUGUUGUUCCCUUCGUUGUCAAUAUUUUCUCAGAAUUGUGGCCGAAUGUGAACAUCCUUAUGUCUGGAGAUUACUCCGAAAAGGGUCGUGUUACGUUUGCUCCCAUUGGCUACUUUCUCCUUAUCCAGUAGCCCCUCAGAGGGGCCGGCUCAGUAUUAGCAAGGCAGGUCAUAUGUAGGUCAUGUUGCCUGCUCAAAUAACCUCAUUUAAAGGGAUUUACAUUUGAAACGUGCCUGGGGUUACUGUGUUCGCUAUCAUUUCCAUGAAAGCCGAGUAUAAAUGAAGAAAUGUGAGGACUACGAUAGAUAGCCUCCUAGGAAAUUUUUUACUGCUCUUUUCCAUUUAACGUUGUUGCAACCUUGUGCAAAGUUCAAUAGUUAGUCACAGCCAUUAAUGUGUCUUAACUGAUAUCUACCUCAAUAGUUUCUGACAUACGCGGUUAAGAUCACUGUCUAAUCUUAAUGUCUAAUGAUUUUCACGUUAUCAGUGCAUACAUCGCUUCAAUGCUUUUGCUGUAGGUGUAUUGCUUACAUACAGUGUAUUGAGAAUUUCAACCGGUGUUAAAAUUGUACAUUGCAUGCUGCAGUGUGUGCGGUGCGCUAUGGACACGUUCUGCUUUUAGUUCCUGUUUACUUAUGUUACGCCCAUCAUCUGAAACUCAGAUUACUAUUGGCUCAUUGAACCUUCAUUCUCGUGCUACCUAGGUGAUUCCUGG